AUGCUGAAUACUUAUCUCAAGGCAACAAAAUUGGAUUCAGAGACAUUUGCCAAUUCUGGUAAGGAUCUGAUCUCAUCGAAGGUGAUUGGCAGCGGUGAGAGGAAGGCAGAUCUUUAUGUCAUUGAUUUCAGCUCAUCCUUUCCUGCUAGUUCUUUAUGCAAGUCAUUCUCAGUUAAUAAUAGUUUUUGUUCAGUGUCAAAUAAUGUGACUAGCCAAAUUUGGCACCAUAAACUUGGUCAUCUGUCCUUCCAGAAGUUAAGUUUUUUAAAGAACCAAUUACAAAUUGAUUGUACUGAUCACAAGGAUGAUGCAUUAGUUCCUUGUCUUGUCUGUCCUUUGGCAAAGCAAAGGAGACUCUCAUAUGUGUCAAAUAAUGCCUUAGAUUUGGAUCAAUUGAAAUAUUUGGGACCGUAUCACACUCCUACAUAUGCUACUUAUAAGUUUUUUCUUACCUUAGUUGAUGAUUGUACAAGGUUCACUUGGAUUUACUUGAUGAAAGAAAAAUUUGAUGCAAAGUCCAUUAUUCCAAAUUUUUUGCUCUUAUUGAAACUCAAUUUCACAAGGAAAUCAAGAAGUUUUGGUCUGAUAAUGUCCAGGAAUUGA